AUGGCGUCGAUGGCGACGACGACGCGGCCGUCGAUGCGCGCGGCGUCGACGGUCGAUCGACGCGUCGACGGCGACGCGGCGGUGGCGACGCGGCGCGCGCGAUGGGGGGCGAUUCGACCGCGCGCGGGGGGCGCUCGAGCGCGCGCGCGACGGGGAUGGAUGACGACGUGCGCGUCGAGUCGACGCUCGCGAGCGAGCGCGCGCGCGGCGACGGAGACGAGACGACCGAGAGAGCGUGAUGGGGGUGAGGCGAGCUCGAGCGCGCGCUCGGCGCUGGAUAAGUCUGGGGGAUUGCUGUACGUGCGUAACUUUUUCGACGCGGCGACGAGCGCGCGCGUGCGGGAGGAAUGCGAGAAGAUGCGAGGGAGCGUGACGCUGGAACACCGCGCGUGCGCGAGACAAAGAUUAGGGAUGAUGGUUCCGAGCGAUAACUUCGUCCAUGAGGCGUGCGUGGCGAAGGAGGUGGCGGAGCGCCUGAGCGGCUUGCUUCUCGGCGAGGGACACGGAGCGAAUCUCGUGGCAGGAGAUGUGCCGGUGGAGUACCGAGUGUAUCCCGUAGGAGGAUCGAUGGAUUGGCACAAAGACGUCGCGUUGUACACACAGCCGCAAUACGAAAUCGUGUACACGGUGACGAACACGAGCGAUAGCACGACGGAGUGGGAGGACGAGCGAACCGGCAUGCGCUAUGGAGGUUGGACAGAGCCCAACUCCGUGAUCGUCGUCCGCGCGGAGGGUGCUCCGCACAGGGUUACUGGUGUUACGAGGGGCGAGAGAUCGAUCAUCAAGUUCGUUCUGACACAAACCCUGGAGAAGACGGAUGACUUCUUUGACAAUCUGCUGACAUACACGCAUUAA